CUGGCAAGAUAAUCCUUCUAGUAACGAAGACUAUUGACUUGCAAUUUUGCAAAACAAAAAAAACAAACACAAACGAGGACAAUUGACUGCGCGCCUUGAUAAAAGGGAGCUCUAGUUUUGCAGUAUAAAGCAUAUACCAUGGCGGAAAACAUGUUCCAGUAAAGAAGAGGAAGCUUAGAUGGUGAUGGGGUUCAAACAUUUCAUCUUUGCAUUGCUCGCUGGUUUGGCUCUUCUACUUGCGGUUCAUGCCCAGGAUCAAUCAGGCUUCAUAAGCAUAGCUUGUGGGUUAGCAGCGAAUUCUACCUUCACGGACGCUACAACAGGCCUAAAUUACAUUUCAGAUGCGGCCUUCAUAGACUCAGGUACAAGUAAGGGCAUAUCACCUGAUAUCAAAGCUAGUCAUCAACAACAGGUAUGGAAUCUUAAAAGCUUUCCUCAAGGAAACCGCAACUGUUACAGCAUAAACGUCACAAGAGGCACUAAGUAUUUGAUCCGUGGAACCUUCUUGCAUGGGAAUUAUGAUGGACAAGGUAAUUUACCACAAUUCGAUCUGUAUCUUGGAGCAGAUACGUGGGAGACGGUCAAAGUGGUGAAUUCAUCGAUUAGUGUCAUCAAGGAGCUCAUACAUGUCCCGUCUCUAAAUUACAUACACGUCUGUCUCGUAAACACGGGCCUUGGAACACCAUUUAUAUCAGCAAUAGAGUUAAGGCCAUUGAAAAAUACCACCUAUGUCACAGAAUCUGGAUCAUUGGCACUUUUUUUGCGCCUGGAUGUUGGAUCAACAAGCGGGAUAGCAUACAGGUAUGGAUACGAUGUUUAUGAUCGGGUUUGGAUGCCCACUGACAACAGCUACUUUAAAGCGACAGAUUUAAGUACCUCGCUUCCCAUUGACUCCCAAUCUCACAAUGAUUACCGACCACCAUCUGUUGUCAUGAGUACUGCCGUCACACCUAUAAAUGGUAGCGCUCCCUUAGAGUUCAACUGGGACUCAGAUGCUAAGACUACCGAAUAUUAUAUCUAUAUUCACUUUGCUGAAAUCGUAAAGCUCGAAGCCAACCAGUCUAGAUCAUUCAACAUUACCCUCAACGGGAAGUACUGGUAUGGACCCCUUGCUCCUAAUUACUUAUCUACAACCUCUCUGUAUAGCCCAUCGGCCCUCAGUGGAGCAGCAACGUAUUAUUUUUCAAUCUUCAAAACUGAAACUUCAACACUUCCACCCAUCAUGAAUGCGAUUGAGAUAUACUCAGUGAAAUAUUUCUUGCAAUCAGAAACAGACCAAGGAGAUGUUGAUGCCAUCGCAAAAAUCAAGUCAACGUAUGGAAUAAAGAGAAUUUGGCAAGGAGAUCCGUGUGCCCCUAAAGGAUACUCGUGGGAUGGUCUAAAUUGUAGCUUUGAUGCUAAUACUCCUCCUAGAAUCACAUUCUUGAACUUGUCCUCAAGUGGACUAACUGGACAGAUAUCUGCCGACAUAUCAAACCUCGUAAUGUUGCAAUAUUUGGAUCUAUCUAACAAUAACCUAACUGGAUCAGUGCCUGAUUUUCUGUCUCAAUUACAAUAUUUGAGGGUUUUAAACUUAGAAAGAAACCAGCUGUCCGGUUCAGUUCCAGCUCAACUAAUUGAAAGAUCAAACAAUGGUUCAUUAUCACUACGUGUGGGUGACAAUCCAAAUCUAUGUGGAUCUGGUUCGUGCAAAAAGAAGAACACCAGUAAUGUUGUUAUUCCAAUAGUAGCAUCAGUUGCUGGAUUGUUGAUCCUCUCAUUAAUUGUUGCUGCUAUCUUCUUAGGACUUAGAAGGAGAAAACCACAAGUUACGAUGGUAGAUACUGAAUCCAGCAUUAAUCAAAAUCCAUCAUUGGAGUCAAUACAACGACAGUUUACAUAUUCUGAACUCCUAAAAAUUACGAACAACUUUGAGAGGAUUCUUGGUAAGGGUGGAUUUGGAACAGUUUAUCGUGGCAACAUAGAUGACACUCAAGUAGCAGUGAAGAUGCUUUCUCCAUCAUCAAUUCAAGGGUUUCAACAAUUUCAAUCAGAGGUUAAACUUCUUAUGAGGGUUCAUCAUAGAAAUUUAACUACUCUUGUUGGGUAUUGCUAUGAAGGAACUAACAUGGGGCUCAUUUAUGAGUACAUGGCCAACGGAGACCUAGAAGAACAUCUUUCAGGUGAGAAGGCAAACAUCUUGAGUUGGGAAGAUAGACUCCGAAUAGCGACAGAUGCAGCACAAGGAUUGGAGUAUCUGCACCAUGGUUGCAAGCCACCUAUAAUUCAUAGAGAUGUGAAGUGCACAAACAUCUUGUUAAAUGAAAAUUUUCAUGCCAAACUUGCUGACUUUGGGCUAUCCAAAAUUUUCCCCACCGAUGGUGGCACUCAUGUGUCAACUGUUGUUGCUGGAACCCCUGGGUACCUGGACCCCGAGUACUACAUAUCAAAUUGGUUAACUGAGAAAAGUGAUGUUUAUAGCUUUGGAGUCGUUCUUUUGGAGAUGAUCACAGGUCGGCCAGCAAUAGAAAGAUCCCCAGAAAGGACUCACAUAAGUCAAUGGGUGAGUUUCAUGCUUGCUGAAGGGGAUAUAAAAAACAUUGUUGAUCCAAGGUUGCGUGAGAAUUUCAACAUCAACUCUGCUUGGAAGGCUGUUGAAAUAGCAAUGGCUUGUGUUUCUCCUACUUCUGCUAAAAGGCCAACAAUGAGUGAGGCAGUGGUUGAACUAAAGGAGUGUUUAGCAACUAAAGUAACUCGCACGAAAGAGGGCCAUGAGGGUGAAUCAACAGAUUCAAUUGAAAUUAUCAACAUGAAUUUGACUACUGAACUCAAUCCUUUAGCGCGAUAAAACGUUAUCCAAAAUUGAAAUAUGCAUUUCGGAUCUUGAACCUUUUUGUUCUUUGUAUAACUUUUUGUGAAUGCAUAUUGUACUUCAAUAAAUCAUCCAUGAUGGUUUAUUGGAAUAUUUGUUUGUAAUAUGUACUAAAUUUAUCAUCAUUGUUGAUCUCUCUUUUAGAAAAUUGAAUAAAGAAAAAAGACAAAGAUCGAAACACCUAAA